UCCCCUCACCUGGUCAAUCUGAAUGAGGACCCGCUGAUGUCCGAGUGUUUGCUCUACUACAUCAAGGAAGGAACUACCAGAGUUGGUUUACACGACGCACAGAAAGCAAACGAUGUUCAGCUCAGUGGGUUCAACAUCCUGGAAGAGCACUGCCAGUUUGAGAACAAGGACGGCACUGUAACCCUCAUACCCUAUGAGGGUGCUCUCUGCUAUGUCAAUGGCCGUCAGAUUACAGAACCAGUGGUGUUGAAGACUGGAGCCCGUGUCAUCUUGGGCAAACACCACGUGUUCAGGUUCAACCACCCACAACAAGCCCGGGCUAGCCGUGCCAUUAUGAGCGAGUCGAUGAUUGAAUCAACAGACAACCCCAUCACCGAACCUGUUGACUGGACAUUUGCCCAGCUUGAGCUACUGGAGAAACAAGGCAUCGAUCUGCGGAAGGAAAUGGAAAGCCGCUUAAUGCUACUGGAAGAACAGUACCGGAAAGAGAAGGAAGAGGCUGACAUAUUGUUUGAACAGCAGAGACAGGAUUACGAGAACCGAAUCCAAACCCUGCAGGAACAAGUUGAGCGACACUCAAUGAUCUCAAGCGUGGCUACGACUGGCAUCUUUGAAGAAGAGGAGGAGGAAGAAGAAGUUCAGUGGAGCGACAGGGAGAAAGAUCUAGCAGCCUGGGCCUUCAGGAAGUGGAAGUACCACCAGUUUACUUCAUUGAGGGAUGACCUCUGGGGCAACGCCAUCUUCCUCAAGGAGGCCAACGCUAUCAGUGUGGAACUGAAUAAAAAGGUUCAGUUCCAAUUUGUCUUGCUGACCGAUACACUAUACUCACCACUUCCUCCGGACCUUCUCCCUGCGGAGGAGCGAGAUGAAAUGAGACCUUUUCCGAAGACCAUCGUAGCUGUAGAGGUUCAAGACAUGAAGAACGGAGCCACCCACUACUGGAGCCUGGAUAAACUUCGACAACGGUUAGAGCUGAUGCGAGAGAUGUACCACAAUGAAGCAGAGAUGUCACCAACCUCUCCGGAGCCCAACAUUGACAGCAUGACUGGAGGGGAUCCGUUCUAUGACCGCUUUCCAUGGUUCAGGCUUGUGGGCAGGGCCUUUGUGUACCUCAGCAACCUGUUCUACCCAGUGCCCCUGGCACAUCGGGUCGCCAUCGUCAGUGACAAGGGGGAUGUCAAAGGAUAUCUCCGAGUGGCCAUACAGGCAAUUACUGAAAAAGACGACCAUCAAGAGUACACACCCGGCCUCAAACAGUCGGGCAAUGCCAAAAUCACUUUCAAUGACGAGGAGUAUUUUAAGAAGAAAUGCGUCCAUGCCACCAGCUUCCCACUCCCGGUCGGCGUCAGUAAGCCGGUGGAGGAUGUUAUCUCUUCUUUGGAAGAGCUGCGGAUUGUGGAGGGCGAGGGACAAGCCACGGAUAACUUUCUACUGGCAUCAGAAAACCAACUGCUGAAUGGAGACAAUAAGAACCGGGAGAAAUCGGAUAAUGUGGAUUACUGCCCGGAAAUUAAAACCGUGGACCUGCCGGAGCAUCUGACCAUUGGCAGCCAGUUCCAGUUUAGAGUGACUAUUCUGCAGGCCUCGAACAUUUCCCCGGAGUAUGCAGAUAUAUUCUGUCAGUUCAACUUCUUACAUCGCCAUGAUGAAGCAUUCUCUACAGAGCCACUGAAGAACUCUGGAAAAGGCUCCCCCCUUGGGUUUUAUCAUGUCCAGAAUUUUACUGUGACAGUAACAAAAGCGUUCAUUGACUACAUCCGAACCCAGCCCCUAGUCUUUGAGGUGCUGGGACACUACCAGCAACACCCGCUGCAUGAGCAGGCCAAAGAUUGCCCCUACAUCCGGCCUCCACCGAGUCGAAGUUUCCCAACCAUGCCAAUCUCUAAACCAGUGCCGUCAUCCAAGUACGGAAUCAUCACACCUUCCAGCACCAGCCCGGUUCGUUCACAGUGUGACCUCCUGGUUUGGUUUGAGAUCUGUGAGCUGGCACCUAACGGAGAGUAUGUUCCAGUGGUUGUCGACCAUUCCGAGGACAUGCCUACAAAAGGGGUCUUUAUGCUUCACCAGGGAAUCCAACGCCGGCUGCGCAUCACCAUCGUUCAUGAGAAGCGAACUCACUUUUCUUGGAAAGACGUGCGGGAACUGGUUGUUGGACGCAUCCGAAACACCCAGGAGUUCUAUGACUACGACAAUGAGACUAUGGUGCUCUCUCUGGGGCUUUUCCCUGCUCAUUUCCUGCAGUACCAGCAUGAUGACAGCGAACCAGAACAGAUCCUGUUUGAAGCAGCUUGGGACAGUUCCUUGACAAACUCCACCUGCAUCACCAAAGAUCUGUGUAUGGUGGUUCACUCCCGCGACACCAAGAUUUCGGCACCCAGGGCCCUGAAGAACUUCUUUGGUGCCACCAAGAACCUGGACUGUGGCAAGGUGUCGGGAGUCUAUGAGCUGUUGCUGCGACAGUAUUCAGAGACAGGCUCGGAGCGGCGACAGCGGAAGGUUCUGGACACCUCCGUGACCUAUGUGAGAGGGGAGGAGAACCUGAACGGCUGGAGACCCAGGGGAGAUUCUCUUCUGGGGGAUCACCAGUGGGAGCUAGAGAAGCUGACCAGGUUGCAGAUGGUGGAGAAGACCAGACAUGUGCUACUGCUGCGGGAGAAACUGGCUGAGCACAACAAGGAUUCUGAGCUGAGUAAACUGGACAAGGAGAUUGUCAACAGGCAGGCAAAGGCAGAAAACCAGCACCUGAGGGGAGAUAAGCUGAUAGACAACAAGUCGGAUGAAAAUCCCAAAGAUUUUGACGUCAAAGAGAAGAGCAUCCGAAUUUUCUGUCGGGGUGAAAGUUUCGAUCUGAAAACUGACGAGGAUCCGGAGAAGGAGCUGGCGGCGAAGUGCAUCUGCUACAUGUUGCAGGGGAGACUACCUCUGAAACCUCCGCCUGUCAAGCAGGCGGACUCAUUGCUGAGCUCUACUACCACAGCCACCUCAGAGGAGAGUGAAGCCAGUUCGGACUCUCUGGGGACCAGCAUCCUGAGCUCUGUCAACUCAGAUUUGGUCAA